AUGUCGCCGAAUCUGACCAGAGCUCGCUUUCGUGGCGUUUCGCUGCCUCCUGAGCGACCGCCACCUUCAGUAGUCGAUACUUCUCCGAACGCAAAUCACUUCAACACUCAUACCGGAAUCCACGAUCCUACUCCGUCAACUGACCAUGAAUUGAGAGAUCUAGCUCUUCAACAAAUGAGGAGCGAACAAGUUCUCCAAAACAACGGAUUUGUCAAUCUGUCGCCGGGUUUCAAUGCCACUCUCAAAACAUCCUCUCUGCCAUACUCGGUCAAUGUCUGCAACACAGAUUCGAAUCCAGUGAUCCCAAAGCCUGGGUUUGUGUCAAAUGCUGAAGCAGGAGCGGCUCAAAGUAGACAAUGCAACCAAUGGAGUGAUCUCCAAGCGCAGCUGUCUUCCAACACGGUGGUAUUCAAGCCAUUGCACGAGAUCUCACCAACUAGUUAUGACUCCCCAUGCGGCAAUCAGUUGAACCAGUCCGAUGCGAUCCAUAAUCCAUCUUCCAACAAGUACGCCGGCGAUUUUAGCGAAGAUCCAUUGGAAGAAAAACUGUUGAAGAACAGAAAUUACAGCGUCUCCCAAAUUGUGGCCUGGAUCUUACUUUUCCUCGCCGCAGGGUGCCUCAUCCCAGCUACUAUGUUCGCCAUUAAUGGAAGUGCGUUUUCGACUGCCAACUACUUCAAGAACGCUGAGCCGGAAGCUCGUGUGAGUCUCUUUGGAGAUUUGGCAAAUACGUACGACCUUGAGACACCACGGUCUUCGAACGAUCUUGUUGCCCCAAAGUUCGAUGGUAUCGUGUACUCGCCUUUGGGCGUUCGAGAUUGCAGCUUCUCACAAGAAGAAGCAAACCAAGACGUGCUUCUUCUCUCAAGAAUCACGUCAAAAAUCCGAACCUACAGCACGAGGUGCAAUCAGGCAAGGUACCUUCUCGAGGCCAUCCAAAGAACGAAAGUUCAAUUGACCGUUUCUGUUGGAGUUUGGAUUGGCCCCAACCAACUGCAAAAUAUGUUAGAGAUGGAAAACACACUUCGCAUUGUCGAAGAGUUUCCAGAAGAACUCAUCAAAAGUAUUUUUGUUGGCAAUGAGGUGCGUUACAGAAACGACAUACCGGAGGAAGAUCAUAUUAAUCUUAUUAAGAGUUUGAAGCACCAUAUGGCAACCAUUGGAAAGAAGAUCCCAAAGAUAUAA